CUGGAAGAGAGGAGGAGAGGAACAAGGCAGGGGAGAAAGGCUCCCUGUGCUGGAGGGCUUCUUUGUGUCCAGUUAGCCCAGGACGACGUAGCCCCAGCUUGCACAGGGGCCUGGUUUUGCCUGGGCCAGGUGUCCUGAGCAGCUGAAAGGGCUCCAGGGCACCCAUCUCCUUGGUGAGAGGCAGGUACCCUGCGGUGAUGGCCAGGCUGCUGGCCAGGACCUGCUGCUCCAAAACUCUUUCUCAGGUUCCCAGAUGCCCCGUUGGGUUGGUGGCUGCCCGAGCCUGGAGCCAUGGGCCCCUCACUGCCUACAUGCCCGAAGCCAUCACCUUCUCCAGACUCAAGGACCACCAAGACUUGUACAAGGUUUCAGUGGAUCAAGGGGAUGCCUUCUGGGGAGCACUAGGAAGGAGCCGGCUCACCUGGAUCACCCCCUUCCACUCUGUCCAGGACUGUGACCUGCACCAGGGCAGGAUCUCCUGGUUCCUGGGUGGGCAGCUGAACGUGGCAGUGAAUUGCCUGGACCGUCAUGUCCAUGCAGCCCCAGACAAAGUGGCCUUAAUCUGGGAGAAGGAUGAACCAGGAGAGGAAGUACGGGUGACAUACAGGGAACUGCUAGAGCUGACGUGUCGCCUGGGAAACACCUUGAAACGGCAAGGGGUGAAACGGGGUGACAGGGUUACAAUCUACAUGCCCCCGUGCCCACUGGCAGUGGCUAGCAUGCUGGCCUGUGCCCGCAUCGGGGCUGUGCAUGCUGUGGUGUUCGCUGGGUUCAGUGCAGAGUCCCUUGCGGACAGGAUCCGGGAUGCCCAGUCAGAGAUAGUGAUUACAGUGAACCAGGGGCUGAGAGGUGGCAAGGUUAUUGAACUAAAGAAGACAGUGGACCAGGCUGUGAAGCACUGCCCCAGAGUGAAACGGGUUCUAGUUUCCAUGAGGACCACCAGCAAGGUUCCCAUGACAGCCCUAGAUGUGCCACUGGAGGAGGAGAUGAUGAAAGAGGAUGCAUGCUGUGAACCUGCUGUCAUGGACAGUGAAGACAUGUUGUUUCUUCUCUACACAUCAGGCAGUACUGGCAAACCCAAGGGCUUGGUUCAUUCCCAAGCUGGUUACUUGCUGUUUGCAGCUCUCACACACAAGUACGUGUUCGACUACCAGGACAGGGACAUCUUUGGCUGUGUGGCAGACAUUGGCUGGAUCACGGGGCAUACCUAUGUGGUCUACGGCCCUCUCUGCAAUGGUGGCACCACAGUCCUUUUUGAGAGCACUCCUGUCCAUCCUAACCCUGGCCGCUACUGGGAAACAGUAGAGAGGUUAAGAAUUAACCAGUUCUAUGGGGCGCCCACUGCCAUCCGCCUGCUCCUGCGAUACGGUGAUGAAUGGGUGAAGAAGUAUGACCGCUCUUCUCUCAAAGUGCUUGGCUCAGUGGGGGAACCCAUCAACAAGGAGGCGUGGGAAUGGUACUUCCGUGUGGUUGGCGAGACACGAUGCCCAGUAGUGGACACAUGGUGGCAAACCGAAACAGGAGGCAUCUGUAUCUCACCCCGUCCUUCUAAUCCCGGAGCAGAAAUCCUUCCAGGCAUGGCUAUGAGACCCUUUUUUGGGAUAAGCCCCACCCUCUUAGAUGACAAGGGAAAUGUCCUUCUAGAAAACAACAUCUCUGGAGCCCUUUGCAUCUCACAAGCCUGGCCAGGUAUGGCACGAACCAUUUACAAUGACCACAAAAGAUUUCUGGAAACCUAUCUGACUCCUUAUCCAGGUUUUUUCUUCACUGGGGACGGUGCGUAUCGUACCAGGAAGGGCUACUACCAGCUAACAGGACGGCUGGAUGACAUAAUUAACAUCAGUGGACACCGGCUGGGCACUGCAGAGGUGGAGGACAUUGUGAAUCAUCAUGUGGCAGUGGCAGAGUCUGCCGUCAUCGGCUACCCACAUGAGAUCAAGGGAGAAGGAGCCUACGUUUUUGUUGUGCUGAAGAAGGACAGUGGCUACACACAGGAGACUCUUGCUGCUGAGCUACAGGAGCUCAUCUCCAAGAAGAUCGCUAAGUACGCAGCUCCAGAUUACGUUCAGGUCACACACCGGCUGCCCAAAACACGCUCGGGUAAGAUUAUGCGUCGGGUGCUACGGAAAAUCGUGGAGGACAAGGCCAGUGAGCUUGGGGACCUGACCACACUGGAUGACCAUGAAGCUGUGCAGCAGAUCAUAGAGGGACACAAGCACCUUGUGGAGGGGCAGAAGAGCUACUAGCUUGGCUCUGCCAGCAGCCACCUCCUCUACCUUCACUGCAAAACUAGGGAAACAUCCAGAAUUUCUACUAAGCAAGUGGUGGCCAGUAAGUGCUCAGAGACCACACCUCCACUGCAUUCUCAGAGUGACCUCUUCACAACACAGAGACCCUCAAAACCUGCCUCCACACACAUAUAUGAGGCAGGUGAGAGAACAUGACUCAUCACAGGCAGAACAGUAAGGGGAAACAAGCUAUGUUUCCUACCCUAAAGGAAGAGGGCCAAAAUCCCUCCUUAGGGUUCCUUGUGCCUUGCAAGAGCUGUGGAGAUAGCAGCUGGGCAGGAUUGCUAGUGCUGGACAGGUAUAUUACUCCUACCCCUGCUGUGCUCUUCAGCCAGUCUAGUCCAGGACCAUACAAGCAUCUCCUCCAAAGCAAACCCCAGAAAGAAAACAUCCAGCAGUCCAGUUAACAAAUAUUGACUCUUCUCCAUAAAAAUAGUUUGAAAACAGGCUCCAUAUUUUAAUACAAAAAUGUUCCUUUUACAUGUAGCUAUGUGUCAUAAGGAGAGCAGAGACACACCCCUUCUCUGUGCUAGCAUUCUCCUCCCCUUAUAAUGCUCCUCCUGGGGAACACAACCCUCAAUAGAGCCACAAAGUGCAGAAAUCUGUUCUGCAGAGCUGUGUAUCAAAGACAGAGCUCCCAGAAAGGCACAGAGGGCAGAAAAGGAGGCUGCAUCCUAGCCUCACACCACUGCAUCCUGGACAAAGCAGAGGUUCCUCUGGCCCUUGUUUCUACAAGGCCCAUGAGGCAGCAUCUUCUCUUUGGGCAGCCUAGCAGCUCACCCCUUUCCCUCAAGAGAGCCAGGGAGGCAGAAGGAGGCCAGGAGAAGGAUGGCAUAGCUGUCUGCUCCUGACAGAACCCCACACUAUGAGUUCUGACAUGCUCUGUGUCCAUCAGCAAAAUCCAGAAUUGGUCUUCCACUGUUUGAAUCAUAUGUUGACAGCUGCUGGCUU